AGUGUUGUUUAGACUCCCUCAAAGUGCACUUUGUUCUAGAAUGGCCAUAGAAAAGCCCAGACUAUAUGUAGCCUUUCUCUAGCAAAGGGGAGGUCACAGCUGGACAGUGAGUGCUGAGUGAGUGAUCCUGUGCGCUCUUUCACUUACAGGCUCGCUUCUCAUACAUGCGGAUGAAAUAUCUUUUCUUUUCCUGGCUGGCGGUUUUUGUUGGAAGCUGGAUUAUAUAUGUACAGUAUUCCACUUAUACAGAGCUAUGCAGAGGAAAAGACUGCAAGAAAAUCAUUUGUGACAAGUACAAAACUGGAGUUAUCGAUGGGCCUGCUUGCAAUAGCCUUUGUGUAACAGAAACUCUGUACUUUGGAAAAUGCUUAUCCACCAAGCCCAACAAUCAGAUGUAUUUAGGGAUUUGGGAUAAUCUACCAGGUGUUGUGAAAUGUCAAAUGGAACAAGCACUUCGUCUUGAUUUUGGAACAGAACUGGAACCAAGAAAAGAAAUAGUGCUAUUUGAUAAGCCAACCAGGGGAACUACUGUACAGAAAUUCAAAGAAAUGGUCUACAGUCUCUUUAAGGCAAAAUUAGGUGACCAAGGAAACCUCUCUGAAUUGGUUAACCUCAUCUUGACAGUGGCUGAUGGAGACAAAGAUGGCCAGGUUUCCUUAGGAGAAGCAAAGUCUGCCUGGGCCCUUCUCCAGUUAAACGAAUUUCUUCUCAUGGUGAUACUGCAAGAUAAAGAACACACCCCCAAACUAAUGGGAUUCUGUGGUGACCUCUACGUCAUGGAAAGUGUUGAAUAUACCUCUCUUUAUGGAAUAAGCCUUCCAUGGGUCAUUGAACUGUUUAUUCCCUCUGGGUUCAGGAGAAGCAUGGAUCAGCUGUUCACACCAUCAUGGCCUAGAAAGGCUAAGAUAGCCAUAGGAUUGCUAGAGUUUGUGGAGGAUGUUUUCCACAGCCCCUACGGAAACUUUCUCAUGUGUGAUACUAGUGCCAAAAACCUGGGAUAUAAUGAGAAGUAUGACUUGAAAAUGGUGGAUAUGAGGAAAAUUGUGCCAGAGACAAACCUAAAGGAACUUAUUAAGGAUCGUCACUGUGAGUCUGAUAUGGACUGUGUCUACGGCACAGACUGUAGAACUAGCUGUGACCAGAACACAAUGAAGUGUACUUCUGAAGUAAUACAACCAAACUUGGCAAAAGCCUGUCAGCUACUCAAAGACUACCUACUGCGUGGUGCUCCAAGUGAAAUUCGUGAAGAAUUGGAAAAGCAGCUUUAUUCAUGUAUUGCUCUCAAAGUCACAGCAAAUCAGAUGGAAAUGGAACAUUCUUUGAUAUUAAAUAACCUAAAGACAUUAUUGUGGAAGAAAAUUUCCUAUACAAAUGACUCGUAGUUCAUCUGGACAAUGGUGCCAUCGAACGCAGCUUUCUCUUAUGAAGGAUGACAGUUCUAAGCAUUUAAAAAAAUGGCUUCUGGGUCAGAGGUUCUGUCCCCAAGUCUGUGAAGCCAUCUUAAAUGCAUGUGGACACUGCAGUAAUGGCAGGUCUUGGUCAUGUCCCAGACCUCAUUCCUGCCCUUUUACAAGCUUCCCCAGUUCAUUCACUGUGUAAACAAUUUUGACUUUAAAAAAAAAAAAAAA